CGGUUUUACAAUCGCCUUACUUCACACUCGACAAGACCAGAAGCCGAAAUGAGUCUUCCAGAUUACAAAUCUCCAGGGAAGCAGUCCUCCCCCGCGCUUUCGCAUUCUCCUAUAGUGCAACUGAACAUCGGUGGCCAUUUUUUCACAACAACUUUGAGCACCCUACGCAAACACCCUGGUUCCAAGCUGGCAGACAUAUUCAGUGGCCAGCCUAAACUACGCUCAGAUGCUGAAGGCCGGUACUUUAUUGACCGUGAUGGGACACACUUUGGAGCCAUCCUUGAGUUCCUGCGCACUGAACGCUUGCCUACAGAGAACGUAUUACAGGUACACAGUGAGGCAGUCCACUACAACAUCAAACCUUUAGUGAAACAGCUGGAGGAGACGCCACAGUUUUUCGGGGAGGCAGUGGGGAGGCAGCCCUUUUUAUCCAGAUUGCCCAACUACAAGGAAAACAUUGAGGUGCUGAUUAGAAUCGCCAGAGCCGAGGCCAUUGCUGCCCGCCAUUCCACAAUCAUCAUCUGUGUGCUGCGGACAGAGGAAGACGCGAGUGUCUAUGGUGACGCCAUUAACAGCCUGGAUGCGGACAAGGAGUCCGUGGUGACCUUCGGCCCCUGGAAGGCUGUUCCCACUGUGGCAGACCUCCUAGACUGCGUCAGGAUGGAUGUUGAGGCACAGGGCUACAGAGUCCGUGUCCAGCCCCACAGCACAAACAGGGGGGUCCUCUAUAAGAGCUAUGACUGCUUCUAUAAACUCACAUUCACCUGGUGGUAAACUGGUACUGUGUAUACUGGCUUGGCUGCAGGAAACUGGGGACUAUUGUACAGAUUACAUGCAAAAUAUAUUAGGAAAAAAAGACUGAUGCUUUCUCUUUUGCACUGUGAGAGAAAAGCAAACACAAAAGGUACAUCUAAAUACUGUUUUCUGAAAUGUGCUAUGAAAUGUCUUAUUAAAAAGAGCAUUUAGC